ACUACUCAUAGACAAACUUUUGAUUUUUAGCCUUGAUUCUAUCUAAUUCCUGACAAAAUCAAACAUCAGUUGUGGAUAAUUAGCUUGUUAACCGCGGCCUUGCUCCUCCUCCAACUAUUGAUUCAAGAAAGCAACCUGAUGAAUCUUCUCUGACAAACGGGUUGCUCCAAAGUGUUCAUUAUUCUCCACUUUUAACUUUUUUUUUGUGUGUGUGUGUGUGUGUUUUUUUUUUUUUUUUUUUUCAGAUUUGGGUUUAAAUUUGAUCUGGGUUUAGAGUUGCGAAUUCGGGUCGGGAUUACUGAUUUAGAAGUUGGGUGAAAUAUUUUUAGGCAUAAUACAUAAACAGUCCCUCAAUUUGGCCUCAGCUGACAAGUAUGUCCUUCAAAUUUGCACAAGUAAGCACCUCAACUUGUCUCCACUUUAUUAGUUGAACACUCCAAUUUAUAAAAUGAUCAUCUAAACACGUUCAAAAUUUAUGUACCCGUCAAUGCCGUGUCAGUAUUUGUGUUUACGUGUUCAACUAUAUAUCACUUGAUGGAACAGGAAGAAAAGGUAUUGGAGGAGGGUGGUGAGGUGGCACGUGGAUUUUAUUGGCCAUAGUGGAAGGGGUAAAUGGCCGAAGACAUAUUUUUUACAACUUUGUUGACCGAAGGAUAAUGUAAACUAUUUUUGAAAGUACCAUUACAGAAUAAAUUAGUAUAGAACUGACGUCUGACUUUCCUGAUAUAUCCUGCUGUUAUAACCAGAACAAACAUCAGCUUUGCAUAAUUAGGCAGUUGACAUUGCCAUGCUGAAUGUUCAAAUAUUGAUGAUGAAUCUUCUCGGAAGAAAUGGCUGCUCCAUGGUACCAAUGAUAGAAAAAAUGACAGAACAAUUGCACCAUAGUCGAUUUGCAGAUAAGAUGUUUGUAAGAAAAGAAAGCUCUGGAUUGCUACUCUUUUACUACUUGUAAUCUGCACAAACAUAUCCGAAGCCCAAAACAUUACUCAGUGUUCUUCUUGUGGUGAUCAUAACAUCAAUUUCCCGUUUCGAUUGAGAGCUGAUCCCGGGAGUUGUGGAGAUUCUAGGUUCCAGCUCGAUUGCCAGAAUUAUCGUACUAUCAUAAGUUUGAAUUCAAGAAAAUACAACGUGCUCGAAAUCAACUAUGAUAAUUUCUUAAUAAGGGCAAUUGACCCUGGUUUGGAGAAUCAGAGCAGGAACUGUACUUCUUUUCCCAAUUAUUUCACCACAAGUUAUCCUAGCUCCUCAACUUUUAGUGAUUCCGAUCCGAUUAUUCCCGUUAUAUAUGUCAAUUUUUUAGCCACUGUAAAUUCUUCGCGCUAUGUGGAGACUACUUUCUGUGGAUCACAGAACAAGACUUCUUCCUCAAAUUAUUCACAAAGUCAUAGCUAUGUGGCCGUUGGACAGGACAUGUCGAUUUCGGAUUUGGCAGAGAACUGCAGAGUGGAAAUGGUGGCCUCCGCCUGAGCUCGUGGGCUCUCGGGGGACAAUACUUCUCUAUCGAGCAUUGAGGGUGCCCUGAGUUAUGGAUUUGAGCUUUCUUGGAAGCGUACCUUCUUGUGCAGAGAAUGUGACGCGAGGCUAGAUACCUGCUUUGCUGAAGGCGAUGGCUUUGGUUGCAGGGACAGCUGCUACGAUGACACGGGGAUGGUUCUUCCCCUCCCUUGCAGCAUAUACGUCUAUGGCAGUACGUAUGCGAGAUACUGAAGUGCUAUAACUCCAUUAUACUAAGCAUUCCUUUGAAGGAGGGCCGUUAAAGCAAUAUGUUUUCCAAUUAUAAUCCCCCUUCAAGUCUUUAUACAUUUUUUUUUGCCUUAACGUAAUGUUUCUUUGCCAUUUGCCUAUUCUGACAGUUCUUACUAUAUUUUAUGGUGGAAUAGUUAUAGGUGAGUCUUCUUAUCUUACUCAACGAGGAUAAGCAUUCUUCGCGCACUCGGAAUUCUGAAAAAGGAUUUGCUUUUGAAGCUUUUACUCAAACCCAUUUGAUGCGGUUUUCUUACUAAUGCCUUCCAUUUUUUUUCCUUCAAAUUAUGCAGUUUCACUGCUGUCAUUCCGAUUUUUCUGUGGAUUCAUUCCUGAUUGCAUUAAUAGUGUAUAAAUGGAGAAGAUGACACUUGUCUAUAUAUCAAUCAAUUGAAGACUUCCUGCAAGUCCAGAGCAACCUCUUGCCAAUUAAAUACUCCUACUCUGAGAUUAGGAAGGUGACUAAUAAGUUCAAGGAAAAACUAGGAGAAGGAGCCUAUGGAACCGUCUUUAAAGAGAAAGCUGCGUAGUGGCCCUUUUGUUGCAGUGAAGAUGACGCACACACCUAAGGCUAGUGGGCAAGAAUUUGUCAGUGAGGUUUCCAUAAUUGGAAGGAUUCACCAUGUUAAUGUCGUGCGACUGAUUGGAUUUUGUGUCGAGGGCUCAAAACAUUCUUUGGUAUUUGAGUUCAUGCUCAAUGGUUCCUUAGAUAAGUAUAUUUUUCCACAAGAAAGAACUGUUUCCCUGAGUUACAAACAUAUGUUUGAUGGAAUGGCCCGUGGCAUAGACUACUUACAUCGGGGCUGUAACAUGCAGAUCUUACAUUUUGAUAUUAAGCCUCACAACAUUCUUCUUGACAAAUAUUUCAACCCAAAAAUAUCCGACUUUGGGCUUGCGAAAUUAUAUCCAACAGAUGAUAGUAUUGUUGGUCUAACUGCAGCAAGAGGGACAAUGGGUCACAUGGCUCCAGAGUUGUUCUAUAAAAAUAUUGGAGAGGUGUCAUACAAAACCGAUGUAUAUAGCUAUGGCAUAUUAUUGAUGGAAAUGGCAGGCAGAAGGAAGAACAUGAGCCCGUUCGCACACCACUUAAGCCAAAUUUACUUUCCUACAUGGGUUUACAACCAACUUAAUGAAGGGAACGAUAUAGAGAUGAAGGAUGCGAGCAAGGAAGAUAGGAGGUUUGUCAAGAAGAUUAUCGUGGCUUCGUGGUGCAUUCAGAUGAAUACUGUUGAUCGUCCUGCCAUGAACAAAGUUGUUGAAAUGCUUGAAGGAGAUAUUGAACUCUUGCAUAAUCCCCCAAGACCUUUUAUAGCUCCACGUGAGAUUAAUGCUGGAGAUGCUAUUGAGACAAUAAGAAUAUCCAGUGAUAUCUAGGCGGCCAACUCACCAUGUUGUACAAACCAUGUUCAUAAUUAACUUAAGCUCUUUCUCUUGAGCUGGUGAUUAACCUUUUCGAGGAUAACAACAUUGCUUUUAUUUUGUUAGAGAAAAUGAACCAAUCUUGAUUUCUAAGCAUUGUGUAAUUGUAUCAAGAAAAAUUAGGAACCAUAUUGGUUUCUAAA